CAUGGUGGGUGGCGAGGCGGCCGCCGCCGUGGAGGAGCUGGUCUCGGGAGUGCGGCAGGCGACCGACUUCGCGGAGCAGUUUCGCUCCUACUCGGAGAGCGAGAAGCAAUGGAAGGCUCGCAUGGAAUUCAUCCUGCGCCACCUGCCCGACUACCGCGACCCGCCCGACGGCGGCGGCCGCCUGGACCAGCUGCUGUCCCUUUCCAUGGUCUGGGCUAAUCACCUCUUCCUGGGUUGCAGUUACAACAAAGACCUCUUAGACAAGGUGAUGGAAAUGGCUGAUGGGAUUGAAGUGGAAGAUGUGCCACAGUUUACUACCAGAAGUGAAUUAAUGAAAAAGCAUCAAAGCUAAGGCAGAAGAUUCAUCACAUUUUCAUCAUUCAUUACAGGCUUGGAAAGGAGGCUGGGAUGGAUGCGACACUGACUACAGCAGCUCUCUUAAGACUUUUUGGUGUUAACAACAUGUAGGAAAAGAGGCAACUGGAAUGAAUGGGAAUGUUGUUUUGACGGGCGUUUUAAAAGUCCUCAUUCUUCUAUAGCUAUCAUUGUAAAAGUAUGCAUGGAUAUUUGAUGUAUUUAAAAAUCAUGCCCUCUUUUAUUUUCAGUUUUUGACUGUUGAUCAAAACGUUUAAAAUACCUGUUUUAUUUUUUUUAACUGAUGUAAUAAUGGCUGGCAAUGAAUUUUACACUUUGGAUUUUUCAACAGUACACCUUUAAGUG